AUGAAACAUCCCCCAUUGAACUUACUCCUUGCAGGCCUGCCGGUCGCGCUUGCCUGGCUUCCCACCGACGCUGGGCGAAGCUUGUCGGCAUUCUCGAGCAACGGCACCAGCAAAAUCCGAGGUGUCAAUCUAGGAUCCUCCUUUGUGGUGGAGCCAUGGAUGGCUUAUACUGAAUGGCACAAGAACAUCGGCUGUGGCCAAUACAAGGCCGAGUGGGAGUGCGUGCAGGGAAUCGGACAGGAGGCGGCAAACACGGCGUUCAAGAAGCACUGGCAGACCUGGAUCACCCAGGACGAUAUUAGCAAGAUGCGAUCUUACAGUCUGAAUACCAUCAGAAUCCCAAUCGGAUUUUGGAUGGACGAGGACCUUAUUAACGACAAUGAGUACUAUCCUCGCAACAAUGCCCUAGAGGACUUUACCAAUAUCUGCCAGUGGGCAACUGAUGCAGGAAUGUAUAUCAUCGUUGACGUACAUGGGGUCCCCGGAGCUCAGGAAGCUCAUCAGCCCUUCACUGGCCGGUACGUCGACAAUGCAGAGUUCUAUCAAAACGAUGAGAAUGCCGAGCGGACUUACAAGUUCUACGAAUACUUGAUCGACAACUUCCAAAACAAUACUAAUGCGUUCAAGAAUGUCGGCGCCUUGGAACUUGUCAACGAACCGUUUCAGAACACCAGGAACGCAAGCACGAAAUGGCUGGUGCAGACCUUCUACCCGACGGCUAUUGACCGUAUCCGUGCCAAAGAGGCAUCCCUGGGUGUCUCCAGCGCGGAUGCCUUGCAUAUCGUCACCAUGGACGAUAAAUGGAAUUCCGGUGGCAACCCAACGCAAGACCUCAACGCUACACAGAAGACUCACCUUCUUUUCGAUGACCACAAUUAUGAGAGCUACCUAAUCUCUAAUGCCUCGUCGAUCGAUGAGUUCGUCAGCGACGCUUGUGGAGAUAAUCGUAAAUCGGCUGUCAGUCCUAAGGUUGUUGGCGAAUGGAGCUUGACAUUCAACAACAAAGGCGACAACUUUACUCCCAUGAGCAACCAUGUCAGCUCUUAUUCGAAGUGGUUUUCAGCCCAGCAGAGACAAUAUGAAGCUUUGAGUGGAUGGGUCUUCUGGUCCUGGAAAACCGAUGAGGGCCUCGUCAACGUGGAACAAUGGAACUACCAAAAGGCUGUCGAGGCGGGAAUCAUCAACACGGACUUGAAUUCC